CCUCUGCGUGUGCCACAAAUACACUUAGCUGGCUGAGCUGGAUCCAGAGGCUAGAGGCGGCAGGCCCACCUGGGGAGGCCCACCCAGCCCCCGGGGCCUGCAGGAGGGGCCUGGCGGCCAGGGCACCCAGCCACAGCAGCGUCCUGGCCUCGGGGGGCUCCCCACUCCCCAUCCUGGAGCCCAAGGUCAGCUCAGGCCCGCCCUAGGCACAAGGCAAGCAGUGUUUGCUUUUGCACUUUUGUUGAAUGUAUGUACGGAGCGGGGGAGCUCCCUAGCUCAAGAGCAAGUGGCCACAAGCUCUGCAAGAUCAGAAGAAGAUUCCUGGCCAUUCAGCAUGGUUUCCCAGGGAUCCUCGCCCUCCCUACUGGAAGCCCUGAGCAGCGAUUUCCUGGCCUGUAAAAUAUGUCUGGAGCAGCUUCGGGCACCCAAAACGUUGCCCUGCCUGCACACCUACUGCCAGGACUGCCUGGCCCAGCUGGCCGAGGGCGGCCACCUCCGAUGCCCCGAGUGCCGGGAGACGGUGCCUGUGCCACCGGCAGGCGUGGCCGCCUUCAAGACCAACUUCUUUGUCAACGGGCUGCUGGAUUUGGUGAGGGCCCGGGCUGGUGGAGACUUGCGCGCGGGGAAGCCAGCCUGUGCGCUGUGUCCCCUGAUGGGGGGGGCCGGCACAGGGGGGCCAGCCACGGCCCGGUGCCUGGACUGUGCGGAUGACCUGUGCCAGGCCUGUGCUGAUGGGCACCGCUGCACCCGGCAGACCCACACCCACCGGGUGGUGGACCUGGUGGGCUACCGGGCAGGCUGGUACGACGAGGAGGCCCGGGAGCGCCAGGCGGCCCAGUGCCCCCAGCACCCCGGGGAGGCUCUGCGCUUCCUGUGCCAGCCCUGCUCUCAGCUGCUGUGCCGCGAGUGCCGCCUGGACCCCCACUUGGACCACCCCUGCCUCCCACUGGCUGAGGCUGUGCGCGCCCGGAGGCCAGGCCUGGAGGAGCUGCUGGCAGGUGUGGACAACAACCUGGCUGAGCUCGAGUCCGCCCGGAUGGUGGAAAAGGAAGCCUUGGCCCGUCUGCGGGAGCAAGCUGCUAAGGUGGGGACACAGGUGGAGGAGGUGGCUGAGGGGGUCCUCCGGGCCCUCCUGGCCCAGAAGCAGGAGGUGCUGGGGCAGCUACGGGCCCAUGUGGAGGCUGCCGAGGAGGCUGCUCGGGAGAGACUGGGGGAGCUGGAGAGCCGGGAGCAAGUGGCCAGGGCUGCGGCUGCCUUUGCCCGUCGGGUGCUCAGCCUGGGCCGCGAGGCUGAGAUACUCUCACUGGAAGGGGCGAUUGCCCAGAGGCUCCGGCAGCUGCAGGGUUGUCCCUGGAUGCCUGGGCCAGCCCCCUGCCUGCUGCCCCAGCUGGAGCUCCAUCCUGGGCUCCUGGACAAGAACUGCCGCCUGCUACGGCUCUCCUUUGAGGAGCAGCAGCCCCAGAAAGACAGUGGGAAGGAUGAAGCUGGAAGCCAGGGAGGGGAUGAAACUCAGAGCCGGAGAGAGGAUGGAGCCAAGUCAGAGAGACAAGGUGCAAUCCAGCCCCAGAGCAGGGAUGGAGCUUAUGCCCCAAAGGAGAACAGAGCCCAGACACCCCAGGAAGAUGGAGCCCAGACCCCAAAGGAGGACAGAGCCAAGACACCCCAGGAAGAUGGAGCCCAGACCCCAAAAGAGGGCAGAGCCCAGACACCCCUAGAAGAUGAAGGAGCCCAGACCCCAAGGGGUGGCAGAUCCAACAAAAAGAGGAAGUUCAAAGGCAGGCUCAAGUCAAUUUCCCGGGAGCCCAGCCCAGCACCCGGGCUGAACUUGGAGGGCUCUGGCCUCCUCCCCAGGCCCAUUUUUUCCUGCAGCUUCCCCACACGGAUGCCUGGAGACAAGCGGUCUCCUCGGAUCACAGGGCUCUGUCCCUUUGGCCCCCGGGAGAUCCUGGUGGCCGACGAGCAGAACAGGGCACUGAAGCGCUUCUCCCUCAGCGGUGACUACAGGGGCGCGGUACCCGUCCCUGAGGGCUGCUCCCCGUGCAGCGUGGCCGCCCUGCAGGGGGCAGUGGCCUUCUCGGCUGGUGCAAGGCUCUACCUCAUCAGCCCUGAUGGCGAAGUGCAGUGGCGCCGGGCCCUGAGCCUCUCCCAGGCCAGCCACGCUGUGGCUGCGAUGCCAAGUGGGGACCGGGUGGCCGUCAGCGUGUCAGGCCACGUGGAGGUGUACAACAUGGAAGGCAGCCUGGCCACCCGGUUUAUCCCGGGGGGCAAGGCUAACAGGGGCCUGCGGGCACUGGUGUUCCUGACCACCAGCCCCCAGGGCAACUUUGUUGGCUCCGACUGGCAGCAGAAUAGUGUGGUGGUCUGUGAUGGGCUGGGCCAGGUGAUUGGGGAGUACCGGGGGCCAGGCCUGCACGGCUGCCAGCCAGGCUCUGUGUCUGUAGAUAAGAAAGGCUACAUCUUUCUGACCCUUCGCGAGGUCAACAAGGUGGUGAUCCUAGAUCCGAAGGGGUCACUGCUGGGCGACUUCCUGACAGCUUAUCACGGCCUGGAAAAGCCCAGAGUGACCACCAUGGUGGACGGCAGGCAUCUGGUAGUGUCUCUCAGUAACGGGACCAUCCAUGUCUUUCGGGUCCGCUCUCCUGAUAGUUAAAGGGCUAGGACUGGGGAGGGUCUGGGGGAGGGGUGGGGGGGCUGUAGGGAGGGACGAUGGAGGCAAGGCUGCCAUGGGAUGUGGUGGCUGAGGGCAUUUCCCGGAGGGCAGGGGCUGGCAACCUUUCAAUGUGAAGUGCCAAACUGCCAACCCCUCUUCGGUGUGCAGGGAUGGGACCAAGGGCGGUGGUAUGACCACGGCUCUCAGAAACAGGGGAGGAGGGUGCCGGGGGCUACCUAGGCCUCCUGCUUUUUGUGGGUGACUGUCUGCCUCUGCUGAUGCCCUUAUAAAUUAGGUUUCUGAAAUUCGUAACCCUGUGCCAAUUUGCGUUCUUCGAAACCAUUCCCCAAUGCAGUGGCUCAGGGAGGGUUGGUAGAAGGAAUCCUCCAAGCCAAGCAGGGCUCAGGGUAUGUCAGGUGUGUGCCUUCUGGAAGAGAGUUGAGAACCCAGCUUCCCCUCAGGGGGACGCCAGGUCAUAAGAGGCGUAGGAUUUUGAAAUGGCCGCAGCCAGGAAGUAGAGGCUCCUCUGGUCAUGGUGUCCCCCAGUGAAGGACAGAAAAUCUGGCCUUCGUUUGGCUGAACUGAAGGGUGACGGGAUUUGCCCUCAGGUAGGCUGUUAUUGCUGAGGGAAAUAACCUAGUUCUAGCCCUGAGGGCUAGGUGUGGGGCCAUGGGGCCAAACCAGCUGGAAAACCUGAGAAGUCAGUAGUGGGUCUGGGCCGGGAGGAGGAAUGAAAUCUACAGGGAAGGAUUCCGUUGGAGGUGAGCUGUGACCACUGGUCUCUUGCAUGGGCAGUGGCAGAGCCAGAACCGAGGUGGACAUGUUGAGCCAGGGGCUGUCUUGAGACGACCAAAGGGAAUUUAAUGUAGGGAUUGUGAACGAUGGAAUGUUCAUGGGAACCAGAGGGAUUUUGGACAAGUCCAGAGGGAAAGCGCAGGGCAUUAGGAGUGGGGAGAAGAAGCCCCUUUUCUGGAGAGGUCAUUGCUCAUUCAUUGAAGCAAUAGGGAAAAUCAUCAAUGUCAAGCAGAUAAAUUCAAUUAUAUAAGAACUUCAGACAUUUGCACAGCAAAGAAUACUGAAAGAUGAAAGGAAAACCAGUUAAGGGGAGGAAGCUAUGUAGAAUUGGUCCGAAUAAGGACCAUGAGCCUCUAGUAGAAGCAGUGACCAAGAGAUCUACUUGGUUCAGAAGACCAAACAGGCUGGCCCCCAGGAGGUAACUCACACAGACCAGCGUUAGGAAACAAUCAAAUAAAGUCAACCCCUUGCAUCCAUCAGAAAUACAUUUUAAAAAUAUGUCGUGGAGAAAUAGACUCCCGGCACCAGGGAGUCAUGCUUUUUUGGAGAGCAGUUUGGCAAUACUUGACAAAGGUAGAAAGAAAUGACUGUAAGACUAAGUUAUCUCACUUUGGGGAAUACAUUCUGGGAAAAUAAUUCAAAAGAAAGAAAGUAUUUGCACAGAGAUAUUUGUGGCCACCUCUAUAUCACAGUCAUCAAUUGGAAACUGCUUGGCUGUGGGGGACAGGCGAGAAGAUUGUGGUCUAUUAAGACGAUGAGCUAUUGCCUUCACAUAUGACAACUAUGAGAACUAUUUUGAAAAAUAUGAUGCUAUGUGAUGCAAUCACAGCAAAAAAAAAAAAAAAGAGAGAGAAAGGGAGAGAGAGAAUUUGGAAUGAUGAUCACAUAAUGAUAGCAACAAGGUAAAAGUAUUUCUGAAUAGUUAUCGAGUGGAAAUAGGUUCAACAUUUGUAAAUAGUGAUUUGGGAGACUGGGUUCUGGUCCUUUCGUGCUGUUACUCAUAUAUACACAUUCCUACUUCAGUUAUUAUUGACCAUUACAUAACAUAUAUGCUUGAAUAUUUGCAUCAAAAAAAUAAACCUCUAUAAAUGAUAUUCGAGAAUAGCUAUUGGAUUUGCAAAUGAAUGUGUCAGUUAGCACAAAUGAGACUGUCCGGUUGAAGGAGAGGCAGGAGUUGGGGGAGAAUCCCAACUGGCCAGGGCCCCACAGGGAAGAAGAGCCUGUCUGGUGAAUGACCAUGAAACCUGCCCUGGGGACGUAUGCAGAGGUCACAGAGUCCUCUGGGGUGAUCAGAUCAUUGUGGGGUGUCCCCAAGGCAGGGGAAGUUCUUGCUGAGCUCACCAACUAAUUCAGACCAAUUGGAAGCCAAGUGGUGUUUCUACGGAACCAAUUGUGUAGGGUGAGUUGUAUGGGGAUGGGGAUGGGGACAAUGUUUUCUCUUCUUUGCAGCUCUACUUGCAGAGAGCACAGCAAUGGCUCAUAGUAGGUGCUCAAUGAACAUUUGUGAAAUGAAUUAAUGCCUAGAAAAAGGACACUUCAGAUGUCUCAGCCCCAGCCAACCAAGUUGUCUAAAAUCUUGGCUGGUGGGAAAUCUCUGGUAGGGGGCACUGUGGACACAGUCCACCUAAACCUCCCAGGGGGUGGCCCAGCUCUGGGUCACACAAGAGAUGAGAUUGGGGUGCCUUGCUUGUGUGUGAAGGGGGACCUGGUGGGUCAUAGGCUCUGGGGGAUCAUAUACCUUCUAGAGCUGCAGGGACCACAUGACUUUCCUGGAAGCUGUAGGAAUCCUGGGAAGGUGGGCAUUGGAAGAAUGAUGAAAGUACUAACUUUUCCUCAUUAAGGGACAGGGGUAGGAAGGCACAACACACUGACAAAAUGUGAGAGGGAAGGGAAAUGCAGCAUUGAGCAUAAUUUGGGAGCAAAACUGUAACCAUGACCUAGGACCACUCAGCACCACGAGAAAGUUCUUGGUUAAACUACAGAUGUUACGAAACCAGGAACAUCCUGAAAGAUACAACACCUCCCCCAUACAUACACACACACACACACACACACACACACACACACCCUGCAUUGGACUAUGACCAUUAACUUGAUCAAUCAUCCCAUUUUGUGUCUGGGACUUUCGAGGUUGUGGAUAUACUGGUGAAAGAAGCAUGUGGUUUGGGUAGAGAGAGAGGGAGUAGAAAACUUCUCCCAUAGUCUUUGUGUCUCAUAAAGGGGAGGGAAUGAGACAGCAGAGACCUGGGUUGAGUGCCGGCUCCUCUAUGAAAUAGCUGUGUGAUCUGGGCUAGCUUCCUAACUUCUCUGAGCCUCAGUUGGUAUAGCAGUAACAUGAGGAUCACAUUAGGCACCACACCCACCUCACAGGGUUGUUUGUGAGUCCUGGGUGAGGAGCACGGGGAAGUGCUUUGUGUACCAUACGGCUUAAAUCUGAGGUAUGGGUCAGGAGCAAGCUCAGCCGACCCAUACUGACCUAACUUAGACUCUUCUAACAUGGAAGCCUGCGUGGGGAUGUUAUAUGAACGUAUCGUGAGGUCAAAGCUCAAGAAGGUCCAGGUAGAGUUAUGACCUGUUUUUCCUUUGGAGGAGGUGUUUUGUUUUGCUUUGUAGCAGCUAUUUGAAAAAGCCAUAUGUAAGACACAGCAGUAACUAUAGGAGCAGAGGGGACCAAUGGCUCGCUUGCUAAGAGUGCUGUUCCUAAAAUCCAGCAGAGAACCAGACUGCCAACAAAGGACUGAUAACCAUAGGCUCUUAGGAAAAGUUCAAGAUGGCAGGCGUGGCCCGAUCUUUUGAUAGUUUAGAGGUAAUAUAAUUUGGGUGGGGCUAGCUCUCCCGCCAUCGUAAUCUUCUUAUUUCUGUAUCUAUAAAGCCCUGUCAUUCUUAUACAUGCUAUAGAGAUAGAAUUCCAGAGGGGCGGAGGUCUGAGAGGGAAGGCAGAAAUCUUCCGAGGACAUUGGUGCGGCCAGUGAUCUGGGCUGGGCAGGAUUCAACGGGUGGGGGCCAAGAGCAGGUGUUGGACCAUCUCUCCGUGGCAGGGCAGCUGAGGAGCGCAGAUACCCUGCAAAUGAAGUGGAGAUUGAACAGGUCUGCCUCGGGGGUGGGCUGGGGAGGGUAGCGGUUUGGGACUAGCUGGGGCAGAGGGCUGCCGGAGCACACUCGAGAAGACGAUCGAGCCGUAGAAAGAUCAAGUUCAGUGGCAGGCUUAGGAAAAUAGGUGAUUUGACUCAAACUAGCAGAACCAGCCUGCCCACUGGUUCACAAAUAUAGUUUAAUUAAAUGAAUCAGGAUAGGAGCAAAAAUAGGUUUUUCUGGGGACCAUGGAUGCCUUUUACAGGAGUGGAGUAGGUACAGUGGGGUCGGGCAGGACCUCACCUGAAGCCCCAGGUGAGGAACCUUCAGGACCAGGUAGAGAAGGGCCUAUAUAUAGGGAGGUGAUUAGGAAGGAGUUUUGGGAACAUAACCUGACUUGUCUUGGGAGAAAGUUUGAACUGGUUGGCUUGGCAGCCAAGAGAGAGAUGAGGCUGAAAACAGAAUCGGGACCUCAGUACCCAUGGUGUCAGCCCAGUGAAUUUUUCUUAGUUGCUGUGGGCCGAAGGAUCUGCGCGGUAAGCUUUCCUUCCUUUGUAUACUUCAUAUCAUUCUUCUGUUUCUUAAUAAAUUGGAAAAUCAUGAA